UUGUGUGCACAAGGAUGACGUUUUUCCAAAAUUCGUAUAAAUACCUGAAUUGGCGUUAUUUCGGAAUUAGUAGGAAACAAGCCGAGCACAAAUCUUUUUGGAUUACAUUUGGAAUAAAACAAAAAUACCAAACAAAAAUCAUGUUGACCUUCGUAAGUGUAUUAGUACUAGCUGUAAUUGGCACGCAAGCAGCACCUCAAUUCCAACCGGCUGAAGCAGCUCAACAACCAAAUGUUCCAUCGAUCACAAUUUUAAGUCAAACAGAUGUAAUUGGAGCUGAUGGAAGUUUUAAUAACAGUUUCGAAGCAUCGAAUGGUAUUAAGCAGCAAAACUCUGGUUUCCUCAAGAGAGUUUUAGUUCCACAAACUCGAGAAGAUGGUACGGAUACCGGUGAAAAGGUCGAAGGUGAUAUUGUUGUGCAGACCGGAUCUUACUCAUUUACAGGAGAUGAUGGUGUAGUUUAUACAAUCACAUAUAUUGCUGAUGAAAAUGGCUUCCAACCACAAGGAGAACAUAUUCCCACACCACCAGCUAUUCCAGCUCAAAUAUUAGAUUCGCUGAAACUAUCUGCAGAAGAAGCGUCACAACAGCAACAAAGUGGUGCAGCCAAUUUAGGUGCUCCAUUACAAGACAUUCCCAUUGAAAAUCAAGAUGGACCAGGUGACAUAGUCAUAUUGGCAAAUGAAAGUGAACAAGAAUCAGCCGGUUUGGAAAGUCCUGCACCCGAAGCAAUUGAUCCUAACCUUCUAGAGGACUAGAUGGUUGUCAUAUGUGUGUUGUUUAGUUGAUAUAUGUUUCGUUGUUCUUUGCAUAUUUAUUUCAUUUUUUUAUGAAAAUAUAUAAUUUUAAACCUA